GCUGCGGCGCUCCGGCGGGGAAAGCCAAAAGCGUCGUCGUGCGUGUUCUCAGUCGAGGCCUGCGCAGAGGGCCAUGUUCGCGUAGUGUACGGCCGAGCCAAAGAGUCGUUUAGCGUAGCCCAGCGAUUGUGCCAUCUGUGCGUCGUCUGCUCGGCCCGAGUGUGUCCGUAGUGUGUAGCGUAUCGCAAGGCGCUUCUCCUUCUCGUGACCAUGAUCAUGGAAAACGACAGCCAGCCCACCAACCCGGCCAGCCCCACGGAGGCGGCCCACGACCCAGGGAAGAUGUUCAUCGGGGGCCUGAGCUGGCAGACGGCGCCCGAAGGAUUACGGGAGUACUUCAGCAAGUUUGGCGACAUCACGGAAGUCAUGGUGAUGAAAGACCCCUCCACCCGGCGCUCCCGGGGCUUCGGGUUCGUCACUUUCUCAGACCCAGCGAGCGUAGAUAAAGUCCUAGCCAGCGGCCCUCAUGAGUUGGACGGCAAAAAGAUUGACCCAAAGAUAGCGUUCCCGAAGCGAGCACACCCAAAGGAAGGCCCUGCCGAAACGCUGGCGUUAGCCCUUGACGGCAAUGUAAAUAGCUAUCUUGCGUACGCUUUCGAGGAGAUGGUCACCAGAACAAAGAAAGUGUUCGUUGGCGGCCUUUCUGCGCCUACAACGCUGGAGGACGUAAAGAACUACUUCCAGCAGUUUGGACGGAUAGAAGAUGCGAUGCUGAUGUUCGACAAACAGACCAACAGGCACCGGGGUUUCGGUUUCGUGACGUUCGAGAAUGAAGACGUUGUUGACAAAGUUUGCGAGAUCCACUUCCACGAAAUAAACAACAAAAUGGUGGAAUGCAAAAAGGCGCAGCCCAAAGAAGUCAUGAUGCCGAACAAUGUGACACGGGGAAGAGGUGCCGAACUGGUGUGGCCCUUGGGUGCCCUCACUGACGCUGGCUUCCCAGCCUACGGGUACGGCCGUGGAGGCUACCCCGGCUACCCUGGAUUUGGCUACCCCUUCGCAGUGGAACUAAACGGGCAGCAGACGUCACCGCCUCUACUAACGCAAGCUCUUUCAGCAAACAGCCCGGGCCCCAUGGACAUGUACAGCUCGAGCCAGGACAGUGUGAGCUACGUGCAGGCCACGUCGCCGCAGCCAUCUGGAUUUCCUCCGCUCACCGUAAGCAUGGGUCCCUUGAUGGCGGCCGCGUUCACCAAUGGCUACCACUGAAAGAACCAUCUGCUCUACUGUUCUUAGGAGGUGCAAGACAUACGUAGUUGGUUCUGGCCAAGGAACCUUGGAAUGAACUGCAGUCAGAAGAGAGACAAAGCUUUCAGCACCUUGGCUUCCUGUUCCUGUUUGCAAAGCCCCCGCUCACGUGUGUGAUCUGGAGACAAAGCAGCCGACGCUUGCAUCUGGCUUCACCUGCGGUGGCCCGCCUGUGGACUCCUGUCUUAUAAUCACGGGCGUCUUGCUUGUUCUGUUUUCUUCCCCUGUGAAGGGAGAGAGACAGUCUAAUUCUCGACUGUUGCUAGACUGCUGUUUGUACGACAACGACAUCUCUCCCAUUUGAGCACGCGAAAGCCUGUCUCUUUUUCGCCGACUCACCUUUGAUGCAUCACUUCUCAUACAAAGCAGAAUAUCAUCUGCCAGGUAUUUUCGUCUUUUCCUUUCCUGGCAAAGCACAUGAUGUCCCGAGUUCCUUUUCGCCUCAGAUACUGUGGGAUCAUCUCCUCCCUUAAACACCUCAAGAACAUUAAGCAUGCACACAGGCAGUCAUAUUUAUAUUAACUCAAUAAUGACCCAUGCGCAUGAAGACGCAUAAGACAAUUGAUAUUGCUACUUUCAAGGCCGAUUGUCUUGUGUUUAGAAAAGGCAUUGCCCUCUUUUUUUUCCACUGUGUGUCACCUGCUAUAAACAUUGGUUACUGGAGGCACCCCUGGUGUAAUGUUUAGCUUUUUCAGUUGGCUCAGUUAUCAUGACACUCACCACGUACCUUUCCCAUUGUUCCUUUGCCCGUUGCUUCAAAGUCUUCGUACGUGGAAGAGAUAUACUUCGGAUUUCUUUUGUAACUAACCAGAGUGGGUUAGAUAAAGCAAUAAGGCAUUUUGUUGAGUCAUCUUCCACACCACUGACCACGCUUCAGUUUAUUGCGAUGCACUCCAAAGUUACAUGAGCCAUCAUAACAAUGCAUAACGAAACCAAAUACGUGCAGUCGUGGAAAUGAUAUGAAUAUAUGUCUUCUGAAAUAGCAAUGCCAGACAAACUUGGUGGAAAUCUCUGCCAGUGAUUGUGGCUGAGUCAGCCAAAGUUAUCGAUGUGCUUGUUGUUCGUUUAUGAGGUGUCCUGGUCUCCAAAUAACUCUGAAACAGACUGGCUUGGUGUUUAUUCACGUGACCUCGUAUAAGCUGCCAACAGUCCUACAUAGUGGACUUUGUCUGAAUACGAUAGGCAAACAAAUUAUGUUUUGUGUUGGUGAUGCUGUUGGCCAUCCACGUGUUUCGCUGAAUAUGCUCAGCGACAUUCGCUGGAUUUGUGGUGAUUACUAGAGGCAUGCUCUAUUGCUCUCAACGUGUGUAAUCUUUCUCUGCCCCCCACCCCCUUCGAUCACACAGUGACUACCCUCUCACUAGUGUCUACUUCACUCUGCACAUUUCCCUGUCUUAACAUUUCUUCCGAACAAUAUUCCUACCCAUUUUGUCUGCCAUCAAACAGCACAAACAAAAGCAAAACCAGAGUGCUGUGCACAGCCCUUUCUUGCUAGCCGCGUCAUCUUCUUGUGAGUAUAUCUGUGUGCAUGAAUGAACCUCCUAUGUGUUUGAAUGAAUGAGUGCAUGAAUGAACCUCCUGUGUGUUUUAACUGUGAUGCCACACUGCUUCCAUGGCAACAAAGCACCGCAUGUCAUAGCAGUGUUCUGUUUUGUUGUUGUUUUUUUAAUUUUUGACGUAUUUCAAUAAGUGCACCCGAGCCACAUGUCCAUUAAUACAGUGUGUGAAUGGCAUGAAUGACAUUGUAUGGAUGUAAACGCAUUGUUCAAUUGUUUUAAACAUACGUUGCUAUAACACUGAAAAAUGCAAGCGAAACAGUUGCACAGCCAGAACAUGUAGCCUAAUGCAACAGACAGUACUGUCUUGCCAUCUUCUGUCGUUUAGCAGUCCUCUUUUUUCAUCCCUACUAGAAACGUGCAAACAGAGCUAUGUUGGUGCCUUCGUUUUAUGCUUACAUUAUCCCACCUUCUUUUGUAACGCAGUUAUGGCUAAAAUUACUAAAACCGAAUGAAUGCUCGAGA